AAUUUUGCUCCCUGAUUAUUCUGAAUUUCUUUUCCAUUUGAGCCCUGUAUCCUGAUGGCAGGCCUUUUUUUUCAAGCAAACAUUAGAGUGUGUGUGAGUCACAAGGCGAUUAAUUUCGGCUGUGUGGAGAUUGGGAGAAGGCAGUGAAAUGCUCUGCCUGGCUUAUUUCCACGUGGGCCUCUGCAGCACUGGGUCUGCCUUCCUUCCCCGAGACCUGGUGACCCAGAAACAACGGACUCUGCUUCAUGUACAGAGUCCCCGUGUUCCUGGAAAAUACCUGGAUUCCUUUUGCUUGGAGGGGCAGGUAUUGUUAUUAUUCUGAUGCUGUUUUGACUUAGAUCUCCCUGGCCAGAGGGUAGACCUUGGGAAGAGGUUCAGACUACUACAUUUUCUCUCGUGUCUGUAGAGCCCAGGCCCUCCCUGGGUUUGUGGGAGCUGUAGCGAACGUUGUUUUUUCCCUGGUCUUUGCUCAGAGCAUUCAUUAUAGCUUUCUUAGUGAGCCUAGGCAGCAAACUCUGAAGUUAGAUGAUUUUAGUGAGCCCUCAGAGGAGCUCCCAAUUUUAAUGUCGCCACUGUAGUGAGGGUGCCCUAAAAAGCCUAAGAACUACUAAAGAAAAAAUCAGGAGCCUUAGCUCGGGACAAGCCCAAAUCAAAUUCUAGCACUACAGUUUACUCCUCCAGUGACCUUGGGUAACUCAGUGGACCACUAUGAGGCCCCGCUGUUGAAAAUCAAAAUAUACGAAGGCCAGGCAUUAUAAUAAAUGUUAUAUACCUUCUAGAAGUAAGCAGUAAAUUUAUUUUGGAUAUAUUUUUUCUUAUAAAAAGUCUUGCCUGGUGACUUUGAGUGUAAAUGGAUUCCCAUUUUUUUUUCCUCCUUGAUAUACAUUAGUUUGAAUACAAUGUAUGUGUUCAUUAUUCUUCCAGGCAGAAGAUGUGAAAGAAAUAAACUAGUGGAAGGAAUGUAGUAAUAGAAUGUUGUAGACUUCUCAAAAUCCUUAUAAUUCUUAUGCUUUAUUGUUAAAUUAAUGUUAUUUUUUUGGAAAGUAAUAGUUACAUGGUUAAAUUAAAAAGGGAUCAAAGCGUGUAUCAUGAAGUCUCCUACGUCGCCUAAUUUCUCUACCCAGUAACAGCAUUAACAGUUUCUUAUGUAUACUUUCUGAGAUAUUUUAUGUAAGUAUAGGCAAAUAUAUGUAUUUUACCCUCCCCUCUUACAUACUCUACCAUGUAUCUUACUUUUCCCACUUGAGAUUUCCAAAUGAAUAAAGAACAUCCAUAUUCUUUAUGAUGGUUACACAGUAAUCUAAUGUAUGUGCAUACCAUAAUUUAAGCUUUAUUGGUGAAUAUUUAGGUAGUUUACAGUCUUGUUGUUUACCCCAAAAUGAAUAACCUUGUAUAUAAGUCAGUUGUCACAUGCCACAGUUCAGUUGGGUUUGAUAUAGUUUAUAAGGACUCUAAACAUGCACUGCUUCCUGUUACUUAUAUUUAUUUUGUACAUGAUGAUAACUGGAAACCAACCAACACCAUAAAUGUCCUGAUUGAGCAAUAAAGGAUUUUUUAUCAAAAGCAAAACCACGCUGAUGGCUUUUAUGUGAAUGGAUCUUUGCCCACUUCAGUUUAAGGGAUGGUUUGUUUUGCUGUGAACACAUUUAAUGUUGAGAAGGAAUGGCAACAUGAACCAGAGAAACCACAUGGGCAGAAGGAGCAUGUUUCCAGUGUCUACUUAGCAGAAUGCAUGCUGGAUAUCUUCCUGAAGUAACAGUGUUGAUUUGAAGAUGGAAUCCAUGGAGGAAUGCAGGCCUGGGUCUUCGAAAGCCUAUGUGCCAGCCCAGAAGUGGCACUGUGAAAGCAUCUGUAACAUCAAUCAAGUGGGCUUGGAUUUGGACAUUCUCGAGAUGAUGCAUUUGGAAAGAUGAUAUGCAGGUAGUUGGUAGAUCGUGUGGUUCAACUAAUUUCUAGAUAGAAGCUGAUGGAUUUGAUACCAGAGCAAUGACGUUUCAGGAGACCAAAACUAGAUCUGAGUCUGACUUCUUUCCCAGCUUGGAAUUCUUGGGUGUUGUAAGUCCUGGAUAUACAACAGAUGAUGACAACAUCUUUCUUUUGUGGAGCACUCCAGAAAAGAGCCAGUGAAGGCAGUGAAAGGUUUGCCAUAACAAGAGGACACAAUGCCACUAAGAAGGAGGCUUUUAGCCAAAUGGGUUGGAAAUGUGACACGGACUCUAGAGGAAAUUUGAGACUGACUUUGAAACUGACUUAGUUUUGAAACCCUAAGGUUUGGGGAAUCAAUGGUCUUGAUGAAGAAGCAGGAAGAGAUCAUGUUGCAGUACAAAGGAUUCUUUUCAGCAUCUGGAGACUUCACUUUCUAUUAUGUCUUUGUGUGAAGACAUGCUGCUUUGUAAUUAUCGCAAGUGUCGUCUCAAACUCUCUGGUUAUGCGUGGGUCACUGCCUGCUCUCACAUCUUCUGUGAUCAGCAUGGCAGUGGUGAGUUUAGUCGUUCACCAGCUAUCUGCCCUGCCUGCAACAGUACCCUUUCUGGAAAGCUAGACAUUGUCCGCACAGAACUCAGUCCAUCAGAGGAAUAUAAAGCCAUGGUAUUGGCAGGACUUCGACCAGAGAUUGUGUUGGACAUCAGCUCCCGUGCACUGGCCUUCUGGACGUAUCAGGUACAUCAGGAGCGUCUCUAUCAAGAGUACAAUUUCAGCAAGGCUGAGGGCCAUCUGAAACAGAUGGAGAAGAUAUAUACUCAGCAGAUACAGAGUAAGGAUGUAGAAUUGACCUCUAUGAAGGGGGAAGUCACCUCCAUGAAGAAAGUGCUGGAAGAAUAUAAGAAAAAGUUCAGUGACAUCUCUGAGAAACUUAUGGAGCGAAAUCGUCAGUAUCAAAAGCUCCAAGGCCUGUAUGAUAGCCUUAGGCUGCGAAACAUCACUAUUGCUAACCAAGAAAGUAUGCUGGAACCAUCCAUGAUUGCACAAUCUGGUGUUCUUGGCUUUCCAUUAGGGAACAACUCCAAGUUUCCUUUCGACAGUACACCAGUUCAAAAUCGGGGUGGUGGAGAUGGAGAUUUUCAGUUCAGACCAUUUUUUGUGGCUUCUCCCACAGCACCUGAACCCAGCAACAGCUUUUUUAGUUUUGCCUCCCCAGGUCGUGAAGUAGAGCAGCAGCAAAUCUCUAGCAGGGCCUUUAAAGUGAAAAGAAUUUAGCUCAUUUUACAGAAUGUUUCUCUUAUCACUUUCAGUGGUCUCAUUUAGCAAAUUACCUUUAUUCUAGUUAGGGUAGGAGUCCCCAUCAUUGUGCUGUUAUAUUUUUAUGAGAGACUCAGUGUCUGUAGGAAUGGCUUUAGAGUCUAGUUUCUUUUUCUGUUUCCAUUAUUUAAGACAUGAGCAUUAUAUUAAACUCAAUUUUAUUGUGAACUGUUAAGUUUUCACCAGCAAUGAAAAGGGUAUAAUAUUUUUGACUGUUUUGUAGAUCACCAUUUGUUUUCUUUCUGGACUACAUGCUUAUUUAUGAUGUAUGUGUAUAUAAGCACUGUGGUAUAUGUCUACAUGUCACUUUGGGUUCUGGUAUUUAUGCAUAUAUGUAUAUAUGUGUUCCUUUAUAUUGGUAUUUUGCUGUAUUUGCCAGUGUAUUUAUAAGAAGAUUUUGGUCUCUGGAAAUGGCAGGUGAAUCUGUAGCUCGUUAUUUGGCCAUGUAUAUCUAUUUGUAUAUAUUUAUUUAUUUGCCCUUGUGUUAGUUUGUGGAGGUGUGUUCAUGUCAGUGAAUGAGAGUACAAUUUGAUGCAUGUAUAUAAGUCUUAUAUUUCUUUUUUAAAAUGAUUCAUAUUGAUAAAGUUAUUUUGUAAAGUUGAUUUUUGGCAUUUAUUUUAAAAUGAAAUUACUUUUUCUUUA